GUUUAGAUAAUAUUGACUUAGAUAAAUACAUACAUAUAGAUUAGAAUUGCAAAAUGUCUGCUGCUUUACAAAUGAACAAAGAUUUGAUUGACUUGGGUAAAGGGGUUAAAAUCCCAGCCAUUGGUUUGGGUACCUAUAAGGCUACUGCCAAGGGCGAAGCCUAUAACUCGGUGAAGGUUGCAUUGAAGAAUGGAUAUAGACACAUCGACACUGCUGCUAGAUAUAGAAACGAGGAAGAGAUUGGUAUGGCCAUUAAGGACUCUGGAGUUCCUCGUGAAGAAAUUUUCAUUACCACCAAGUUGUGGAAUGCCGAUCACAAGAUUGUUCCUCAAGCCUUGGAUACCUCGUUGCAAAAAUUGGGAGUUGACUAUGUUGACUUGUACUUGUUACACUGGCCCAUUUCCUUGGAUCCAGAACACGAAGGUGAACGUUACAGUGACUGGAACUACAUUGACACUUAUAAAGAGUUACAAAAAUUGAUGAAGACUGGUAAAGUUCGUGCCAUUGGUGUUUCGAACUGUACCAAGACUCAAUUGGACAAAUUAUUGAGUGACAAGGAUGUCAGUAUCAAGCCGGUUGUCAAUCAAAUUGAGGCCCAUCCUCUUUUGACCCAGCCAGCUUUGUUUGACUACUGUAAAUCCAAAGAUAUUAAGAUUGAAGCUUAUUCUCCAUUGGGUUCAUGCAACUCUCCAUUAUUCAAGAAUCCAACCAUUGUUGAAUUGGCCAAAUCAAACAAUGUCGAGCCUGCUCAAAUAUUGGUUUCUUGGGCUAUCCAAAGAGGGACUGUUGUUUUGCCCAAAUCUUCUACUGCUGCUAGAAUUGUCUCUAACUUGAAGACUAUUAAAUUGCCCGACGAAGAUUUUGAAACUUUGAAUACUUUGAGUGAAAAGGACGGGGUUGUUAGAACCUUUGAUCCUGACUGGGCUGAUUUUACCGAAUAAGCUCAUUGAUGUAUGAUUUGAACUUAUGAUUUUGAUAUUAAUGAUUUUGAUUCUUUUGAUUCUUGUUUUAACUGAUUGGUGCUAGCACCGAUUGGGUUAUUUUUUGGUGAACUUAGAUUAUGUACAUGC